UUGCGCAAGAGGCGCAAACGUGAGCUACUUCCUGAGCCCGCUGGCGCACAAUUUGGCUUAUCGAGCGAAUCUGACUCGGAUUCUGAAUCCACUUCUUCGACCGACGAAUACGCCGAUGAGCUUACGGCCUGCCGCAAAGAUGGUCUUGUGUCCGAAUCGGAUUUCAAGACUUUGGUCGCGCAGGUGGACGCUGACCUGGAGGUAUGCAUCUUAUUUCUGUGUGGUUUUGAGUUUUGA